UUAACUUAGGUUUGUUCUUGAUGCUUAAAGCUGAGAUGCUGCAUGUUCUGUGACCCUUCUACAGACUUGAAAACCCCUGCCUCAUUUCAGUAGGAGCUAGAAAAAGGGAUCUUGUCAGUCUAAUAGAAUCUGUAAGGGAUGCUGUAAGGUCAAUGUCAUUUGAUGGCAAAACCUUCAUACUGAUAGCAUUAACACUAUAUAGCUCCUUUGUAAAACUUAACAGAGAAGUAAAAUAUGAGCUUAAAACAAGACGAAAUAUUCUCCUGUUCUCCCACCUCCAUUAAUAUACUGGGAACAAACCCAGGUCCUCACAUGUUUGAUACUGCUGAACCUCCACCCAGGCUCCCUGCCCUGUUUAUUUCUAUCUGCAUUUGUGUAUGUCUGGUGAGGGAAAGGAGAGACACCAAAGCACUUCUCCACAUCUACAGAGCUCCGUUGGUGCUGUCCAUGGUGCUCCCAUGAGGUGCUGCAUAUCAAACUUAGGGUCUCCAGCAUUGAAGGCAUGUGCUUUGUCGCUGGCCAGGGGGGCUCCCCCUCUAACUGAUAGCCACCCAAGGCCUUAGAUAGUUUUCUCUUCUCUUUAAUUGCCUAGGAAUUUGCUCUUGGAAUGGCAAGUGUUUUGUGUAUAUUCGAUGCCUAUGCAGUGAGAGUAGUGAAAGCUGAUUGAUGGAUUUAGGAGAGAAACUUGGCAGCCUUUACUUAACCCAGGGAGCAUCAUCCUCUGCAAACUAUAGUUACAGUAGAACAACUUGCCAAGUGCUUUUCCACUUGUUUGCCCUUAUUUCAAGACCCAGCUUAUUCUCGUACUUUGUUCAGAAGCCUGUGGUGUGGAAAUGUAUGGAAGAAAAAGCAUGUUGUCACUUGAGUGAGACUGCCUAAGAAAUGCUACCAAUUCAGGCUUGGGUGUUUCCUGUCCCUUGGAGAACAGGCCUAAACAGUACCUUCCUCCUGUAGCUUCAGCGAAGGAACUGUUACUGUGCUUAGAAGUGUUUCCUUUUCUAUUCUCAAGUCAAAUGUGAAAUAGACCAACUUUAUGUGACAAGGAUGAGGGUGACAGGAUGCUAGAUUUUAAGGAUCUACUUAAUACACUUUCUUGAACAAAAUAUGAACUAAAUGAAAUUAGGAACUCUGGGAAAGCAGGUGUAGAGUCAAGUUUAUUUCCAUUGAGCCUAGUUACUGGAUUCUGCAUAUUUAAUUUCUUUAAACUUCAUUUCCUAUGUACAAUGGGGGUGGGGGGGUUGAAUGGGAUAAUCUAAAGAUCAAAUAAAGAAUUUAAAGCCUUCACCACAGUAUCUGAACACAGGUUAGUAUGUAAUAAAUCUUGACAGUUACAUCAAAAUUAGCAAUAUUGAAUACUUUUCUAGCUAAGAAGAUAAAACACUAGGGGGGGCUCUAAUAAACUUAAUAAGUGUGUGUUUGUGUGUGAGUGUGUGUGAUUAUAUUAAGCAGCGGUGUCAUGAGGAUUAAUGCGAUAGUGACCUUGUUGCUAAGUACAAAAGCAAAACAAUGACGUAAAAACAAGUAUGCUAGGAACUGCAUGGAGGACAGAGAUGGAGACAGGCGCUGCAGGAAAAAAAAAGGCUGAUUUAAAAGGGGCCUUUGAUUCCACAGGCUAAAAAAUCCACAGCCAGGAAUUUGCUGCCACCUCUGAGUCAGGCAGGGGGUGGGGGUGGGGUGCAUGAUCCCAUUAGUAGAGAGAAUGCCCAGUGGAUUUAGUCCCAGAGUCACAUUUCUUAUUUGGACUAGUGUAGACAGAAGCAAACGCAGUCACUUGUUGCUUGGGACAGUGGAGGUGUUAGGCUAUGGCUUUGGCAGAGCAUUCAUCGCUGACCCCUCACCGCCGGGACCUCUGUAGCCGCUCUAUCUGGCUCGCCAGAAAGAUGCGUUCAGACCUGACUGCUCUUAUGGAAUCUUAUGUGAAGCAUCAAGGCCUGAAUGAGAGCAUCAACCUGGACUCUGUGGACGGUGUGCCAGUGGCCGGCACUGAGCAGUGGAGUGAGCUGAUGGAGGCAGAGCGACUCCAGGAGAACCUCCGAGCUUACCGCACCUUCCAUGUCAUGCUGGCCAGGCUUUUAGAAGACCAGCAAGUGCACUUCACUCCCCAGGAAGGGGAUUUCCAUCAAGCAAUCCACACCGUCCGACUCCAAGUCGCCGCGUUGGCUUAUCAGCUGGAGGAACUGAUGGUGCUCCUGGAGCACAAGGUUCCCCCCAGUGAGGGUGGUGGGUUGCCCCCAACUGGGGGAGGUGGUGGUCUCUUUGAGAAGAAGCUGUGGGGUCUGAAAGUGCUACAGGAGCUUUCACAGUGGACGUUGAGGUCCAUCCACGACCUCCGAGUCGUCUCUUCGCCUCAGACUGGAAUUCCGGCACAUGGGAGCCAUUAUACUGCUAACGACAAGAAAAUGUAGAAGUUACCCUCCCUCCCAAUGGAAUACACGUGUUCUCUGGGGCCUGACUUUCCCAUUCAGUGUCUGAGAGCCUCUUUAGACCAAGGACGUCUUCAUUAAUAGUACUGGAGACAUGGACAAGUAGGCACACAAGUUUACGUGGACAGGAAAAGGGCCUAGGGUACUGUGGGUAGGGCCAGCGGCCUUUGACCUCCAUUUCUCUCUCCCUUCUUAGCCACUUUGUAACUAAUUUACUGGCAUUUCACAGCUUCACAGGCUAAAUACAUCUAAUCCUGAAUGACUCCAGAGAAGACCAAAACGGUGAAUUAAAAAUCAUGACCUCUUUUGCCAAGUCAAACUCCUGGAUAAUAAAAUUUUAACAUUUAUCGAGCAUCUA